CCCUCGCAGUGGUUUGUGCUGCCGCGGACUAAUUUUCGCAUACUCCACUUGGAGAAGAGUGUAUUCAGUUGAUUCGAGGGAAGCAGUGUUGGACCAAGUGUGUGCACAGAUGCUUUUGUUGUAUCGUGUGUUCUUGGCGUUAUUGGGAAAUCUCCUCGAAAUCUAAUGACUUUUUACGCACUUCACUUCAAAGGUUGACUCGAAUAUAUUUGAGGGAGAACGGUGCGAUCAAACGAAUUGCAAGCGGAUUUGAAAGCCCCCACUAAACACGAGGAUCAUGGUGAGAGACUUGAUUGGCAACCGAAACUUUUCUCUGCGUGUAAAUGUAUUGCGAGGAUGCUGUUUAGCUAAUGAAUGUAGCCGUUGCCUCCCAGUUUCAAUCGAAAGUAGAGCUAUUUCCCGGAAAAAGGUAGAAAAGUAGCCUUUUCCACGUGGAGGACAGGCACUUGAACGUGGAUUGACUCUGGGGGAAAAAAACAUUUGUGCACUGUAAUAAGCACUGUGCUUCGUUUCAUCUAUCAGAUUCAUUGGAACCACAGGUGAAAAAAUGCGUUUUGCGAGCUCAUUGUUAUGUUGUAAACUUGAAGAAUCCCGGGAAAAUACGACUCUGCUUCGUUUGUGGUUUUUCUUUGCCAUCCUUGUUUCAGAUUCAGCCUGUCCUGACAAAUGCGUCUGUUUCACAUCCACGGUCAAAUGUGUGAACCAGGGCUUAUUCAUGGUUCCGCAACCAUUGCCAGCAAACACUAAAACCCUGUUUAUUACUGGGAACAAUAUUUCUCAUCUCACAGCUGGGUCUUUCCCUGUGCCUCUUGAGCAGUUAACAGACUUGUAUCUCACGGGAAACCAGGUGGAGCUGGUGGGCCACAAUGUAUUAAACAACUUGCCAAAUCUCAGGCUGCUAGACUUGAGUAACAACAGGAUUCUGAAUUUUAGUGCUCAAGCCUUCCCUGAUUACAACAAACUGCUGGAUCUUAACCUCAGCAGGGCUUUUUACAACCAUUCUUUCAUGGAUGAGCUCUUCAGCCUGCUACGGAGUGGCGGAGCCCUUCAACUUACCCGCUUAGACCUGUCUAACAAUGACAUGGUUGUCCUCCCUGAGGGCAUGUUCUCCCGCCUCCCCAACCUCACCAUCCUCAACCUACAAAACAACUCCCUAAUUUUCAUCCGGAACGGGACGCUGAGUGUUCCUCCCCUCCGUGAGCUAGACUUGAGGGACAAUGCCCUGAGGCAACUACCCAACACUACACUGAUGGACUUCAGCCUCAAGCCUGGGCUUCAGGUGCAUCUGGCAGGGAACCCUUGGCUCUGUGACUGCAAUAUUGAGGACCUUGUGUCCUGGCUGAGGAGCUCCGAGCAGGUCACAGACAAGCAGAAUAUGACCUGUUCUGACCCUGAGGUUCUGCGGCAGUUACCGUUGCUCCAGAUAGAGGAUUUGGAGUUGGAGUGUACCUUUUCAGGUGAAAUGAAAAGUGUGCUGGAGACCUCGUAUGUCUUCCUGGGCAUGGUGCUGGCCUUGAUCGGAGUGAUAUUUCUGUUGGUCCUCUACCUCAACAGGAAGGGGAUAAAGCGUUGGAUAUACAAUAUUCGGGACGCGUGCAGGGACCACAUGGAGGGCUACCAUUACAGGUAUGAGAUCAGCUCGGACCCCAGGUUGGCCAACCUCAGUCUCAACUCUGACAUUUAAGAGGACCGCUAUGUGAGCCAGGGCCCCACAGUGACUGAGGCAUUAUGACUUGUCAAGAGCAGGAUAUGCAUGAGCAUCUCUGUAGUUCCGGGGGGGGGCUCCGGCCUGCAACCCCCCCCCCCCCCCCCCCCCAUAGUACUGUCCAGACUUCUACACCAGUCAUGACUCUUAGUAGCCUCAGUCAUGACGACCCACAAUCUGCCACCACGCAUGCCCUUGGCCCCUGCAAUGCAGUGUCUAUUUGUUUUUACACCUUUUCAUGUAGAUCAACGUUCCAUGGACUGAGAAUCAUGACUCAGAUGGGGUUUGUGAGAGGGCUCUAUGUAAUAUAACAUUUUCCCUUCCUUGAGCAAAAGAGGAUGGUAUGUAGAACUCCCAACUAAACAGACUUAUUUUGACUGGUAGUAACUAGGCUAUAUACAUAGGAUAUAUAUAUUCUUUCUGCUGGUUAUAUUUUAAACACUUUUGUUUCUACUUUCCUCCCACUGCACAGUGUUGCUAUGCUUGUUUAGUUGUAUUUAUUCCUUUUUAAUAUAAUUAUUAAAGCACUUGCUAAUUUCUCUCACUAGUAUUGCACUUGUUAGGUGGACAUUAUCAACAUUUUUCAUGAUGUACAGCUGAAUAAAAUGUCUUGCAUUGCUGUUUUCCUUUCUCGACUGAGGUCCUUUUAAACUCCAGUGACUGAGGAAUGUGCAGGUAUUUGGGCACCAGAGAGAUUCACGGUCACGAAAUGGAGAAGUGCCCACUCCCCUCGUUGCAAGUUCAAACACAUGCAUGCAGACAGAGGUCAUCAUGCCACAGCCAGCACCGACCAUACCACACAGGCAAGACUUCACAUGUCACCUUCUCGUUCUCUGUCAGCUCGUGCAGAUGAGACAUUUUACAGGCAGCAGCCGUUGUUGACUUUCCAAUUUUUACUCUGAAGAGGUGAGAAAAGGCUAACUGGGACUUCUGAAGGUGGCAGAAUUUACCUUGAAGAUGAAUUGAUUUGAAUUACUUUCCAAUUACUGUUAAGUCAACUUCCAUUCUAUUCGGGAAGCGAGACGUGACUGAAAUGUUCCUGUCCAAUUAAAUCCCUACUAGGAUUCGGAUAGAAAUCCCUGGCGCGAUAGUCAAAUGAUUGCAUACCUCAGAACCAUCCAAAAUAAUAUUUUGAGGUGUAGCCCAUGGUCAGUGGAUUUCUAUCCAAAUCCUCUUUGGUUCAACUACACCAGUUACAGGAUUGGCACUCAUUCAAAGCAUUCCGACAUUGUGAGCCCAAAGGGGGGGAAGUUAAGGGUUGUCUUUCCUGACAAAUGCACACAGUACCCAAGGUUGUUACCAGGAGGGCACUCUACAGGCAGUAUGGUAUGGAAAUGAGUUCAUACUCUGCUUUAAUCUGCGGUGUUUUAGGUGUGUGGCGUUUUAAAGUAUCUUAUUUUUCAAGCAUUGUUUACUUUCCUGCUAACUAAAUGCUGUGCUCUUCUUCUUUUCUUUCUGGUCGUCAAGUAUGUACGAGUAAAUAUCAAAUGUGGAACAUAAUUUUACAGGACAAGUGUUCAUAAUCUGGAUUAUGAAGUAACUGCAGAGUUGGUGAACGUUUUGAGUAAAACACCUGGCCAUUACCUCACCAUGCACAUUGAAGACCACCCGGGAGGUAGUGUGAGCUAACGAGCACAAACAGAAACGCACUAAGUCUCUGUGCACAACUAACUACUACCUUUGCAUAGCCCCGAGCUACUGAACAAAUCCUCUUACCAUAACAAUGCCCAGACAUCCCUCAUUCAGUCACUGGUGGUAUGUGCUUUUCGGGCAAUGUGUUUGAAUGUUAAAGUGGCUCUUGUGUAAACAUCAUUUUUUUUAUUUCCCAGGUUUGUGAUCAUAGAGGUUGUCCAAAUGAAUGCAGUGUGUGGGUGUUAACCAUGUUUCUUUGUCCCUCACUCUCAAUAUAUAGACAGUCUGUUUGCAGGGUCCAACAAGAAUAAUGCACCAUUACACAGUAGAUUCAUUUUAACCCCAGAUUGAUUUAUGAGUUUGAAAUAUGUAGGCCUAUCACAUAUUUCUUAUGUCUGCAAUCAAUCUUCCCAAGGCAUUGUUUGCUUUUUUAUUUAACCAGGCAAGUCAGUUAAGAACAAAUUCUUAUUUUCAAUGACAGCCUUGGAACAGUGGGUUAACUGCCUGUUCAGGGGCAGAAUAACAGAUUUGUACCUUGUCAGCUCGGGGGUUUGAACUUGCAACCUUGCAGUUACUAGUCCAACACUCUAACCACUAGGCUACCCUGCUUGCCCUUUUAAAUAAGCCAAUAAGGUAUCAGGAGUAGAGGCUAGCUAUCCAUUUCAGGAAAUCAUUGUUUUGUCAUCUUAAUUAGUUUCCAGCCAACCACCGUUGAGAGAUAGACACACACUACCGUUCAAAAGUUUGGUGUCACUUUUUUUGUCCAUUUAAAAUAACAUCAAAUUGAUCAGAAGCACAGUGCAGACAUUGUUAAUGUUGUAAGUGACUAUUGUAGCUGGAAACGGCAGACUGAGAAAAAA